ACGCCUUAUUUUUGAAAAAGCUUUUAAUAACAUGCAGAUAAUUACAGCCAUCAGCUUGUCAGGGCUGUAUUUCUGAAGUGUGUGACCUUCCUGCUUUUUAGCCCAGUUAUUUUGAGCUCUUAAGCAACAGCGGGCCACUGCAGAGGGGAAGGGCUCAAGAGACUAAAGACAUUGCAACAUGAGAAAUUUGCAGCUUUGGUAGGGGAGAGAAGGAGUCUCACAUCAACUACUUCUAUCUGCCAACUUUCCGACCAAAUGGCGGUUCACAGUCCGGUCAAUGGGAUGACUGCCAUCCCGUGGAGGGGCAGCAGGAGGAGACAGUCCCUCGUGUCCGUCCUGGAGAAGCUGAGGGGCUGUCAGGACGCCUGGUGCCCCGGAGCCCCGUGGGACAGAGAAGGGGCCCACGCUGCACUGUGGGGAAGGCCUGCGGGGAGUUUCCUUUUGCUGAAAGACGCGGAGACAUCCCAGCCCAGCCUGCUGUGUGUGUCGACAGGACGAGAGACGGAGGAAGUUGUUGAUUACCCUAUGAAAUGCACUGGCACAGUCUUCCAGCUGUCUGAUUCUCAUCUGAGUUUCUCCGACCUGGCUCAGCUGGUGCUUUUCUACUCUUUUACCAGGGAUGUGCUCUCUGUUUGUCUGUCCAUUCCUCCGUGGAUCUACAGUGUAACAGAGCAGACAAAAGCGCGUCUCUCUCAACUUGGGCCCAAAGCCUGGCUCUGUGCGCCUACUGACCUGCAGACUGAACACAUAACCCAGAACGUGCCAAGCACUCUCAUGUGCUCAAUACAGCUGACGUCGGCCAAUGGAGCACUGUGUGUCAUCAACCCCCUCUACCUAAGGGAGCACGGAGAUGACUGGCUGACACACCAACCAGCCACUUAUUUCAAACGAGAGCGGCGUCUCAGCACCACCAGACCAUGGGGAGGGGCGGGGCUAGUGAGCAAACGAGCCCUCUCAUUGGACCAGGAACAUUCUGCUGCCAGUGCUGAGAGCUCAGGUCUAAUCAGAGCCCAGUCAGCUGAUAAUUCGCAAUGCACCCCCACCCCACCAACACCAACCCCCCCAGAAGGGGUGGUGCUCAGACGGCCCAGCCGAGAUUCUACAUCUGUUUUCCCCAGGAGAGCAGAAAGCCUGAGCAGCCCCACCCCUCCAGCCACCCCCUCCACCUGUGGCGCUUCCCCUUGUUCGCUCUUUGAGCAGCAGCAGCCGCAUGGCAGCUCCGUCCCGCAGUCUCCCCACAGGGUGUCCUGGAUCGAGGAUGGAGUCUGGCUGGCCCCACCGAGGCCCCCAUCCCUACUCCACCCCCCUUCACUAGAGCUUGACUCACUGUCCAUCAGCAGCAUAGAGGAAGAGCAGGAGAGUCAGGUGUCAAGCCCCUCCCCCUACCAGCCAUCGGCGCACCGCCUGGCCGACAAGGUCAUCCACCGCAUCUCAGUGGUGGGGCAGGUGAUUGGCGGACUGGUGUGUCAGCAGAAGAGAUUGACCAACAGGGUGCUGGAGCUGAGCGAGCGCAAAAGUGGGACAUUCACAGAGGCUCUGAAAGGAUUUGUGGAGACAACACUGAAUCUAGGAAUCGAUCCCAACGGGGCCACAGGGUCAGAGUACUUACAGGAAGUGAGGUCACUGCUCACGACACUUAGGGAAACGCUACUGGACUGUACAGAAAUCCAGACACUGUUGGACAGCAUGACUGACACAUCAGACCAGGAUAUAGACUCCAUGGUGGAGCGCUCCCUCCACAAGGUGGCUCUGAAGCCCAUCUACUCCCACCUCUACUCCUCCCUCCAGAUCUCUCGCUGCAACGACGGCAGCCAGAAGCAUCUCCAGGACAAUCAGCGGGUGCUGGAGGGACGAAGCGUGGACGAUCUUGGGGGGUCAGCGGGGGCCGGCGUGCCUGACCCCCCCACACUAGAGCGCAUACAGCAGAGGUGGAUUAAAAUGCACACCGCCUACUCACCAAGCAAGAAGGUCGAAUUCCUGCUCAAAAACAGCAAGACCAUCUACCACAGCAUGAGCGCCAAUGCAAAGCCAGGCGUGGUGUUUGGAGCAGAUGACUUUCUGCCGUGCCUGACGUGGGUGCUGCUCCGUAGCAACGUGGUCACCUUACAGCUAGACACCGACUACAUGAUGGAGCUGCUGGAUCCCAUGCAGCUGCAGGGAGAGGGUGGCUACUACCUGACAUCUCUAUACGCCUCCCUCUACUACAUCAGCAGCUUCCAGCCUCGCUUGGCUGUCCGCCAGCUCAGCGUCGAAGCCCAGCAGUCUAUCAGCCAAUGGCAUCGCAGGCGCACCCUGCACUGCAACCAGUCGCGUCGCAGCAAGCAUCGCCGGACAAUUCGCAGGCAUGCAAACAGAGAGAGGGGUGAGAAGAACCCUGAGACGGAGACAGGAAGUCAACAGGAAGAUGAAAGCGAUUCUAUUGAAGUAGCUAAUUCAAAGAAGCAGACACGAUGCAGCUCAGAGGCUGUGGAGCCAGUGAGGGGCGAGGUGGGCCGAGGACAAGAAGCAGAGAAUCAAUCGAAUCUUUCUGCUCCAGCAUCACAGCAAGAGAUGAUACUAGGCAAAGAAAAGAAUGAUAGGCUGUCUGGUUGUGCAGCAGGAGAGGAGGACCAUGGAGAAACAUGAGGGACAAGGAAGGAAGGAGAGAGCUGAGGGUGGACCCUCCUUUUUAUUAUCAUAGCAUCCUGUGAACCAAACUUAGAGAUACACCAAGCAGACAAGCGCUGAAUGGGACAAACUGUCUCUCAAUUGUUCUGCCACAUACUGUACACACCCAGGAUGUUCCCUCCUCACUUUGAAGGACCAGUUCACCCAAAAUUCAAAAAAGAUAUUUGCCCACCGAGCACAGUCUACCCAUCCAGAUAGAUUCUGUGUUACUCGGCUGAUUUUGUAUUUCUUUGGGGGCAAAGAGAUAAAGUUUGCUGGUAUUCUUCAACUGGAAGUAGCAAAACACUCAACAAAGCUCUUCACCCCUGAGGGCUGUGCAUUUUGCCGGGUAUCUGUGUCAUUGUUUUUGGAAAGCUAUUGAGUUUUUCACAUGUAAAAUUUUUUGAUGGUUUGAGCUCCACAAAACAAAUACCCAUCCAGGCUCAUUUUACUGGGGUGAAGGGAAAGAGGGAUCAGGACAGGAUGGGAACCUUGCCAAAUCACAUGGGAAGUAUCUUGAUGAACAGACUGCAGUAAAGUUAAAUGGGGAAAUAUCUUUAUUUGUAUUUGUGGCGAACUGUUCCUUUUACCCGUGGGUGUCAGUUGGUUAUGGCAAGUUGUGGUACAUGUCAUAUUGCAGCCUGGCCGAGUCCAGAAUUUAUCUCGUAGUUUAUUAUUAGAAAGGAGUGCAAUAAUGUUGCAAAAAUUACCUGUUAAAAAAAAAAAGCCUGUUAGGAAGGAGCUAAUCUUACCUUUAAGCUGAUAGUUUUGUGACUUACAUCUCAUAACUGAUCACAUUGAUCAAUUAAUAAUAAUGUUAUGUCAGCCACCAGUCAUAGCUGCCCUUUUCACCAGAGGUUUAUUAAUCAUAAGCAGGUUUAGGUGUGUUUGUCACAGGUGCUUUAGGGACUUUGUCAUGUUUUAGGCUUUACUGAACUGACCGCCCUUUAUAAAUCUGAUCUGGGUGAGUUAAGUCUGUUGAAAAUAUCAUUAAAUACAAGUCUAGCUUUUUUUAAUAUAGCU